AUGAUUACUCCCCGGAUUACCAUGUCUCGGAUGCAAUUUGGAUUCUAUUUCCUGCUUCUUAUUGCCGCAAGCUCGAUUAAUGGCAACCAGCAAAUCUCCAGUGCCAAGAGGGCGCUUCCGGAGGAGGCCACCCUUAAGCUCGUCCCAGAAGAGGAAACGGCCCACUUUGUAAACCAAUCGCGCAUGGUCAGCUGCAGCCACGCCAACCCGGAAGUGAAGCUAAAGUGGCGAAAUCCGAAAAAUGUCCCCAUUAGCGACACCAAGGGUCGCGUGCACAUCGAGGAAAAGGGCAGCUCACUGUCGUUGAUAUUCGAGGCGAUCGCUCGCGUAGAUCAGGGCAACUGGACCUGCGAGGUGGACACGGAAGCGACGGCAGCGGCCACAGACGGGCAGGUGGUCGUUCCGGCACUGCGAAAGCUCUUUAAAAUGAUCGUUUACGAGCCCAUCUCCUUCCGGGACACUAACACCGUGCAAACGGCCGUCGAAGAUAAGGACGCGACCAUCCGCUGCGAGGUGAAAGGACAUCCGCAACCGACCGUGACCUGGCACUUCAACGGCCAGCCUCUGUUCUUCCCACACAACGGUCGGCACAUCAAGCUAGCAGAUGGGAUGUCCAUCAAAAAGGUCGCGCAGAACGACAGUGGGGAAUACACGUGCAAGGCUUUUCAGGUCUCGGCCAAGGGCAGCAGCUUCGAGGAGAAGACCAUUCGACUUAACAUCAAACAUAAACCAUACUUGCCCCCGUGGAAAACGACCGUUUCGGACGCGUACGGGUACGUCAGUGGUGUGGUUAAUCUCACGUGCGAAGCCACUGCCGAGCCUCCGGCCAACUUCAGCUGGUCUGCUAACAACAAGAAGCUCACUCCAAAGAGUCACAUUAUCUACAACGGCCGACAUGUGUCCAUGCUGCAGAUCAUGAUAAAAACGAGCAGUAUAUUCGGUAAGUACAAGUGCGAGGCCAAGAACGAGCUUGGAGCGGUGUCACAAGAGAUCCACCUGAAGGAAGGCACGAAGCCUGACCCACCGAGUCUGUUUCAGCUGCGCGGCGUCAAUUCGGACACGCUCGAUAUCGACGUGGGAGCGACCAAGUCUCACGAAUUUGCACCCGAUCCAACCACCGUCAUCGGGUACCGGUUCGAGCUGAUGCCUACAGAAGAAUACUUAACCUCACGCUCGUGGGACCACGCGAGUCGACGUGACUUCGAUGUCGCAGAUGGAGCCACCUAUCUGCUGGUGCAGUUGAUACCGGACACCAAGUACCUCAUCCGUGUGGCUGCUCGAAAUGCCGCCGGUCUUAGCGACUGGACUGAGGUGAAGGAAUUUUCGACCCACCCAGUGCAACCACACGGAUUGAACGGUUCCAGUGGCCUAACGGCCACGGCCAAGCCCACCGACGUGUGUUUCAAGUUCAUCUGGCUUCUGAUGGUGGCACUCCCAACGGUUCUAUCCAUCACGCACCAUCGGUUCGCAGACCUGAUGAAGAAUCGAAUCUAA